CACCAUCUUCCACCACCCAAUUGACCUACUAGCCACGCAUUGGCUUUGACUAGCACACAACCAGUAACCAAAAUGAACGUCCGGAGUCGCACUGGUUGUUUAGCCUGCAAAAAGCGCAAGCGUCGCUGCGGAGAGGAGAAACCAGCUUGCAGGAAUUGUGUUGUGCGCGGGUUCGAAUGCCCUUAUCUGUCAGAAAACUCUCAAUCGAUCACCGUUCGGUUCAAGAUAUCGCUUUCAAAUGGUGCUCGGUUACCCGUUGAGAAGCAAAGUCGGAGGCACUUUCUGACCAUUUCCUCCGGAGAUGUCUCCCUACUAUCAUCUGAGCAUAAUCAAGAAGAUACACCCGCGAAGAUUGACGAUACUCGCACUAAAGCUAUCCCCGACUGCUUCAACCCGGUCAGACUGGAAGCAUCAAUCUUCGCCACCCCUCUAGUUGAUUGCACGGGGCUCGAGGAACAACUCUUCCAAUACUAUCUGCAGGUCAUAUGCCGAGUAAGAGUAUUCCGCGAUGACCCAAGAAACAAAUUCCGAUCUCUUGUCGUCCCCUUCUGUCGCGGACGAAGACCAUUAUUAUACGCGGUCCUAUCCGUGAGCGCCAACGACCGUCGCACAGAGACCGUAGCGACACACAUAAACUACGAACAGCUCGCACUAUCGUACAAAUACCUCGCACUGAAAUCACUCCGGAAAUCACUAUCCGACGUCAGCAACGCCAGCGAGGCACUCAUGACCUGUCUCAUCUUAUGCACCCUGGAAAUAGCUUCAGGCUGUCAGCCAGAUUGGGUGCGUCACGUUCAAGGCGCCUUCGCCAUUAUCAACAGCUGCUCUAGCAUGAUCGACCCCGAAAUCUUAUUCUUCGCACGAAGCUACUUCCAAUCCCGAGCGAUCUUUUUCCGCACAACAGGCUCUCACAACACCUCCGACAAGGAUCCCGACCCCCUCGCCAACCUCCAACCAAAUAUAAACCACUGCAUGGACCUCUUCUCGCAAACCCCCUGCCUCAACACCAAGUACACCGACGAGCAAACCAAAAUCCAACCCCACAUCGGCUGCUCCCUCAGCCUCCUGGACAUCAUCGCCCGCGCAACAGACCUAGUCAGUCAAAAACAACAACUCCGUCAAACUGGCACCAGCUCCUUCUUCUCCGAAGGUGAAAUGCUCCAACGAGUAAUUUCACUACGCAGUGAACUCGACUCUCUCCCCAAAGAAUACUCCCCUGACAGCGAAUACCUCACAACAUGCGGACAAUGUUUCCGCUUAGCCGCAGACCUAUACCUACAACUAGCAUGCGACAUCCCUUUAUCCCAACCAACCCUCCAAACCAUGCUAGGAAAGCUCCUCGACUAUAUCGGUCAGGUCAUCCGAGAGGAUCAGGAAAGACAGUUAUUCCCAAUGUGGCCGCUGUUUCUGGCUGGUUGUCUAUCCACGUCGGAUUAUGAUCGAGUGCGCGUUUUGAAUUAUUUCACUUAUCUUUCUUAUUCGUGGCCCGUUAGCAAUGUGGCGAUUGUACGAGAGGCAACGGAGACGGUAUGGAAGUUUCGGGAUUUGAAUCCUCAUGAUUGUGGGAGUGGAUGUGGGUUCGAUUGGCAGAUGAUUAUCAAUCGGAUGAAUUGGAAGUUGGCGUUGUCGUAGCUGAUUCCCAGCUGCAGAAAUUAUCAUUAUACG